AUGUUGAAUUUUCGGUCAAUUUUCUCGAUUUUUCACUGUUUUCAGGGCCACGCCUACUUGGUAGACCUGAAUACGUCGCUGAUCGUUGCCACGUGGCUUGCCCAUUCGCUACCGUAUGUCCCGGGCGAGGGAUGUGAAGUUUGGUCGUGUUCGGUGACGCCAGAUGCACAAACUGUAGUCACCGGCGGAGAAGAUGGGUCGAUGAAGUUAUGGGACGCGCGAAGCAAAACCCAAAUCUCCCAAUCGAAAAUCUUCGGCGCCGGCGUCGUUUUUGUGGAUUUUCCCGCCGAAAAUCGCGCGGAAAAUCAAAUCUACACCGGAUCCUACGACGAGAAUUUGCGCGUUUUCGAUCGUCGAAACCUGAAAACCGUGUUAAAAGAGAAGAAGGCAAGCCACCCAACUUUUUUUCUAGGUCAAGUUAUUUGCAGCUCCCCGGCGGCGUUUGGAACAUUGAACAAGACGACAAGGAGCAGCAGCUGUGUGUGUCUUGUAUGUACGAGUGGCUACAGUAUUCUGAAUUCAGAAUCGCUCGACGUUGUCUACGAGAAUCGAGACGUCGGAAAGAAUUUGUUGUAUGGAGCGACGAGGAUUUCCCGAAAUUCGACGAUUUUCUGUACUUUUAACGAUUAUUUAGUGGUUCUGGACGAGUUUUGA